GCAACCUAUGACAAUAACUCCGGCAUCGGCAGCGUUGACGACAACAUGGCAGAAGCCACAGAUGGAUUUUCAUCUUCCAUGCUAACAUUUGCUGCCAUUAUGACGUUGCUAAUAAUGAUAGUCGGAAUAUUUGGUAAUUUUCUAACAGUGGCGGCAUUAAUUAAGUGUCCCAAGGUUCGGAAUGUAGCUGCGGCAUUCAUAAUGAGCUUAUGCAUUGCCGAUUUAUUGUUUUGCGCUCUGGUAUUACCAUUCAGUGCAUAUCGAUUUAUUGAAGGAACAUGGGAGCCAAGAGAUGUUCUAUGUAAAAUGAUACCUUUCAUCCAAUACGGAAAUAUUGGCGUGUCACUGCUAUGUAUUGCCAUGAUAACUAUCAAUAGAUAUGUUAUGAUUGCCCAUCACAACUCAUAUGGAAAAAUCUAUAAACGUCACUGGAUUGCUGCCAUGAUCGUUUUCUGUUGGGUAUUCUCGUACGGCAUGCAGUUGCCCACUUUAGUUGGCGCCUGGGGUACAUUUGGUUAUGAUCCCAAAUUGGGAACUUGUUCGAUUCGAGAAGACGACCAUGGACACAGUAGUAAAACGGCGCUGUUUAUCACCGCUUUUGUUAUACCCUGUCUGAUUAUUAUCGCAUGUUAUACGAAAAUAUUUUGGGUUGUGCACAAAUCGGAACAGCGACUUAAGCGUCACGCCAACAAACAGAAUUCCAUACCUAAUAAUCUGAGGCCACCACCGUCGGCUGGCAGUAAUGUGGAAACGGGCAAUCUCCAGAGUAGAGUAUCGUCCAGCAGUAGUUUUUCGACAGACGUAAAACAAGAAUCUGUACAAAAACAACCAACCACCCGGAUCAAGGACCAGAGAGAGGUGCGCGCCAAACGCAAUGAAUGGCGCAUCACAAAGAUGGUGUUGGCCAUAUUUUUGAGUUUUGUUGUUUGUUAUUUGCCCAUAACAAUUGCUAAGGUGGCCGAUCAGGAUGUUGAGCACCCCAAUUUACACAUACUCAGUUAUAUUAUGCUGUACCUGUCGGCCUGCAUUAAUCCAAUUAUCUACGUGAUCAUGAACAAGCAGUAUCGUAAGGCGUACAAAACUGUGAUCAUGUGCGAACCGUCACGCCUAUUGCCCUUCGGCAAACAUGGCGCUGGUGCAAAUGGCGGUGGUGGCAGCAGUGCUGCAGGUAUGUGAAACUAUUGCCAUGGUAAUGGAGCAAACAUCUAAGUCACUCUCAUUUGUUUUAGAGAAAUGGAAAGAUACCGGGUUGAGCCACAACCACAGUCGCACUAUUGUCUCGCAAAUGUCGGCAGCGGACCCGCCAAAUACCAGUUGCAGCAGCUCCGCCCAAGUGCCAGCUAUGGAAUUGACACCAUCCCAAAGAAGCU